CCCGAUCAACUACAAAACACACCAAUCUAACAUAACUUACAACAAACUAUAGGAUUUACUCAAUCCUAAAGAAAUACGAACAUGAGUAAAUAUAGAGCCAUGAGCGGCUCCAUAAUAUCAAUCAAUGGAGUGAAAGAAACGUUGGCAUCUCAAGGGCUGCUGGUAGAUGGUGGUGGAGACAGGAAAGGAAUGGAAGGGAAUGUCGUCGGAAUGGAAGGAAUCGAAGGGAUGGUGGGCAGGGAAGUGGCUGGCAGUGGAGGUAGCGACACCUUUGGAAUGGCGGGUAUGGUGGGCAGCGAGGGAAUCUGGGUGGCCGGCAGAGGCGGGAAUGUGGGCUUCGGCAAAGUCGGGGCUGUUGGGAUUGUUGGCAUUGCUGUCAAUGGAGGCAGUGAGGGCUUAGGCAGAGAUGGAAUUGGAAGCUUGACACUUGCACUCUAUCUGAAGCAACCGAAAAUGGGAAGUCACCAUAAGAAUUUGAGGGCAGAUUCAACUAGUUAUGACUUGCGAAUUGUACCCUUGGGAAAGUGA